AUGUCUCUUCUUCUGGUGCUUAGCAAGAGAAGCCAUGGCCUGAGGAAUCGAUGCACAGCGCCUGCCUUUACCACCAAACCGUCAGUUCCCUUUCGGAGAACAUCAGGAAGGAGAGAUUCAUGGGUUAACGGGAUGAUCAGCAGCAGGACAAAGGGGAAAGCUUCGGCUUUUGUUUUCUCGUCCCCAUCAUCAUUGCUUCUGCAUCCUUCCUGCAGACAAGUCCAUCCACCCUGUGGUACCAGUUGUUUCCUGUCCACGGCCACAACUAGUACUACGAACCAAGAAGUGUCAGUCAGUCAAGACGAGGAUGAAGAAGAUCUCCAAGAGAUUUACCAAGAACUCCAAUGGCUCAGUGCCGAAAUUCGACGGCACGAUGCGCUCUACUACAACAACAAUGACAACGACAAUCCACAAGAAGAAACAUCACCGAUUAUUACAGACGAGGACUAUGACGCCUUGGUACGACGAGAAGAAGACAUUUGCAAUGCCUAUCCGGCACUGCUACUCCAAUGGGAACGAGAAAGUGGACUGGGAAAACAAGCCACUCGUGUGGGAGGGCGAGUGGGAACAAUAUCACAAAUGCAGCAACAACCAUCAUCCUUCCAGAGGUUUCAGAAGAAACGGAACCACUUGACUCCCAUGUUGUCCUUGGACAAUGUCACUACCCAAGACCAACUCAAGGCCUGGUUGGAACGACUGCGAAAACGAAUACUGGCGGCUAAUAACAGCCAACAUCCUGCACCCGUUACCAUUCUGACCGAACCCAAAUUGGAUGGACUCAGUCUGUCUCUGCGAUACACGCUCCAAAAAGAUAGCACCACCACCAACAAUCCACAGUAUCAAUUGGAGUGGGCAUGUACACGGGGAGAUGGGAAAAAGGGACAAGACGUCACGGCGCCCGUCGUGGAAGGACUCAAGUUGCCAACUGUACUGGCUCUCAUCAGCACCGUGAAGGAUAAGGCAUUUACAAGUCUUCCCGAUACCUUGGAGGUUCGAGGGGAAGUGGUCAUGCCAAAAUCAACCUUUCAACAGUUAAAGGAAGAUGCACUUCAUGCGGAAGAAGAAAUAGCAGCAUCCGCCAACCAUAAUUCCACCAACAACCAAACAACGGCUAUACAGAAAUUCUCCAAUGCACGCAAUGCUGCUUCGGGGAUACUUUUGCGAAAGGAGGAAGAAGUAAUGGGCAACAGCACUAGCAGCACUUCUUCUCCACUGGCAACACACAACAACAACACGCGUGCACUGCAAUCCAAACUUGUAUUCUAUGCCUAUGAUAUAGCAGCACAAGACAAUCCAGAAGAUAUCGAAUGGAUGCAAGACGCCUUGGCAACUCGACAGCAGCUAGAAGCAUGGGGGUUUCGAGUGCCAUUGCCAAUGGCUGUUACUACCUUGGAUUGGAAGCCGUUGCAGGGGUCAGAUGGCGGCAAUGUUACUGCUGAAGCAGCACAGAACAACACUACUGGUGAUGAUACCUUAGGUUUUGAAGAGUGGACAGAUCAAAACAUUUUACCAAUGACAGAGUAUCAUGAUGGCUUUGGACGAUACCGACAAUCCUUGGCCGCAACCACCACAAAAGCAGCAGACGAGGCAGCAGCAGACGACGACAAGUACCAGUGGGGCGACUAUGAUAUGGAUGGAUGCGUCCACAAAGUCUCCCACCAAUCUCUACGGCAUGUGAUUGGGAACUCCAACAGAGCCCCUCGAUGGGCCGUGGCGCACAAGUUUCCAGCCCAGAGUGCCAUUACCAAACUUGUAGGCAUCGAAGUACAAGUCGGCAGAAAGACAGGAGCACUGACGCCAGUGGCCAUCUUGGAGCCAAUCGAGCUGGAAGGAGGAGUCACUGUCACACGGGCCACGCUGCACAACUUUCAACAUUUGCAGCAAAUGCUCCUGGGAUCUCGUCAGUGUACGGACAUUGACGGUGAUGGAGAAAUGACAAACACAACCAGCGACAGGGUGAAUGUCAACCUCUUUCUUGCCACUGGGAGCAAGGUGUUGGUGCGGCGUGCGGGGGAUGUGAUACCUCAGGUGGUGCAGUUGGCUGAACCGCCCAAGUUGGCUACCGCUGACAUGAUGGCAAACAAUAACUCAUCCUCGUGGAUUGAUCUGUCUGCCCCUCUUCAUUGUCCUGCUUGCGGCUCGCCAACAAUAGCAGAUGCUCCAACCAGUAGAGCCGAAACUGGGGGACAAGUGGUUCGAUGUGGAGGGCCUCAGUUGCUUUGUGCUCCGAGGGCAGUGGGUGCUCUCGUUCACGCAUUCUCGAGAGAUGCUUUGGACGUUUCGGGGUUGUCAGAGGCACGAAUUCAACAAUUGUCAAUGCUGAAUAGCUCAAAGUCAGACGAGGGGACGGCCAAUGAUACGACACUAGCAAUGAAUGCAUCCUUGGUCAAACUUCAGUUCCCAAGUGACAUUUUCAAGAUCGCCCAAAACCCGGAGGCGGUGGAGGUAAUUGCUAAUCUUCCGGGCUGGGGACCCAAAUCAGCUCAGAAUUUGGCCAACGCUGCAAACCAGGUUGCCCGCAACGGUGUGUCACUGGCACGUUUCAUUUAUUCACUUGCCAUUCGAUACGCGGGGGUUCAUUCGUCAAAGAUAGUUGCAACAGCCUACGGCAAUGUAGACGCUUUUCUUCAAGCCAUGGACGAGGCAUCGGAAUCAAGCGUCGACACAGCUGAUGCAGGCAAUCAACCAUUUGCCAUCCUAGCCGACAAAAGCAACACGGUGAACAAAGGAAUUGGUCCAUCCUUGCUAUCAUCUUUGGUCGAAUUCUCACGGGAACCGGAGCUUGUCGCGGCUGCGAAAGAACUCGCCAGUGUUAUCAAAGUGCACGACGAUGAAGACUUUAGUGAUGCUGGGAUUCUUUCGACCAAAUCUUCCGACGAUAGCGAUGCGACAAAACCCUUGCAGGGGUUGAAAGUAGUGUUUACGGGAUCGCUGGGGAGCGCGAAUCUCACACGAAAGGAGGCACAAGCGUUGGCCAUGUCCAUGGGUGCAAAGAGUACGCCGGGUACUAUCUCCAAGGCAACUGAUCUUGUUGUGGUUGGUGAGAAAGCCGGGGGCAAGAAGUUAGAAAGCGCCAGAAACCUUGGCAUCAGAAUAAUCGAUUUGAAGCAAUUCAUGUCGCUAGCAAGGGAUAAUCAGUAA